GCAGCAGAGAUGCAUCCAUCUGCUGCUGAGGACACAGAUGAGCCCCCAGCUAAAAAACUACCUACGGCCAUCGUUCCAGCCCUGCCCGGGGACAGCCUGGUGACCAUUCCUGCAGUCGAAACACCUCCAAGCAGCCUGGAACUGCUUCCAGGAAGCCAGGCGGACUCCGUGGCACAGUCGGAGGUCUCAAGUGCACCAUCCUAUUCCUCACAAGACGCAGCUGAGACACAGCAGCUGAGCUGCGCAGAGGCGGGGGAAGCACUCGUCUCUGAAGAGGACGAUCUCGAGCAGUUCAUGAUGGAGAUCACAGGAGAACUGGAAGGAGAAAUUGAGGUGGACGCUGAGAAGGAUGUGGACGAGCUCCUUCUGGAACUGUCUGACAUCAUUGACAGUGUAACACCAUAGACUGAUUGUCUAUUUUACAACCAACAGCAACAACCACCAAUUAAAACCAACCCUGUUCCUUUUCAA